GCGAAAAAAGCGUUGCACCUUCAAGGGUUAACGCGCACCCCAUGGCGGCCGGGAUGUCAAAUCCGUUGUAAAUAAAUAAAAACAAGCCGGGAAAAGGGCAAAGCGCCUGAAUCGCACAUUGUUUACACGAUGAAAUUCACCCUAAGCAGCGUUACCAAAUGUUCCGGCCGGUUAGGAGUGUUGGGUGGCCUGGACCGGUUGCCCAACCUGUCCCUUCCGACGCCGGCAAUAAUAUUCCACACAAAGGGUGGCAGCAUUCCUCACCUAAGCAAAGAAGCGUUCCAGCAUGUCCACCCGGAACCGGCGGCCGUUCUGCAUCUAAGCAUUUCGAACACGCUCCACAUGCAGGAAGCGGUCCGGGCAAGCCGUAUGACGAUUGCCGAAUUUAUCGCGCAAAACAGCUCUGCCACGAUGCUGUUUCCUCGCGAUCCAAGUGAGGUGCCCAUUCCGGGCACACCGGAAAAGGAUCUGCUUCCCGUGUACACCCGGAACGGUCGGAGAAGCAUCAGCAUGGAGCAGUACAUGACGCUGGUGGAAGCGUUCCGGCCCGAUGCGUACGCGCCCCUGUACGAUGGCGAUACGGAUGGGAAGAGUUCGAAAAAGCGCGAACAGAAAUCAUUCGACCGGACGGAAAUGUUUGUGGAACAGUGUCUGGAAUGGCACCGGAAGUCGGACGGUUUGCAAGCGUCCCGCCUGAUCGGUCCCGUCGUCGGUGGGUACAAUGAAAAGUUGCGUGAAAAGUCCAUUGAAUUGUUGCGCAAGUCGGACGAUCUGUUUGCGGGCUAUUUAAUCGAUGGAUUGCACAUGAACGGGCCUGCGGUAGCACGGCUGGACGGAACGGCGGUAUUACCGAUCGUGGAAAACGUUUGCAAAGCCCUGCCAGAGGAGAAGGUUCGCCUCUGUUUCGGUUCGUACGAUCCAACGCUUGUGCUGGACCUGGUUACGGCCGGGGUGGACAUUUUCGAUACGAGCUACGUUUAUCUGAAAGCUGCCCAGGAACACCGGGCGCUGGUGUUUUCGUUCGAUGUAAGCGCACCGGAGCAACGGCAUACGACGACCGAGCUGGACACGACCGAUGCGCAAUGGGCGGAAGAUUUUGGUCCGCUGCUGGCCGGUUGCCGGUGCUACACGUGCACCAAACAUUCCCGGGCGUAUGUGCACCAUCUGUACAAUACGCGUGAAAUGCUUGGCCCCAUUCUGCUUAUGAUGCACAAUUUGCACCACUACAUCGAGUAUUUCAAAGCGAUCCGGCAACACGUGCAAAACGAUAGCUUACCGGAGCUGAAGAAGCAUUUGGCCGGGCAGAAGGCACUUCCACCGUAUGAACCGCCGAAGGAGGCAGAUAAAGUUCUGGUACCAGCUGGGGAGAAGGAAACCGGCGUUCCUGUUGAAGAAAUGGACGAUAAACUACACAAAAAGCAACGAGCGUAAGCGUGAUUGUGAGACCGUAUGAGAAACAACAAGUAUGAAAAGGAUAAUAAGCCACCAGACCACGUAA